GAGGUCCCCAAAGCAGAUCCCAAGCGCACCACAUCUCCUCCUGGAAUCUUGAAGCGGCGACUCUUUCCUGAAGAUGCAGCGGAGCAAGUGCAAGAAGCCGCUGAGAAAGGAGAGGAGGAAGUGCCUACACAUGACGAGGAGGUUGAUGUUUCAGCGGAGGAGGAAAUCCCUGCAACCCAGGCAGACGUUGAGGUUUCUGGGGAAGAUGUGGAAAGCCCGGGUGCCAACGACAAAGGGACCUUUCAG